AUGAGAAUCACUGACUCAAUUUUUGGAUCUAAAACCCCUGUUGUCCUCCAGAUUAUCUUCUACGAGGACAAGAAUUUCCAGGGCCGCCGUUACGAAUGUGACAGCGACUGCACUGACUUUCACUCCUACCUGAGCCGCUGCAACUCGAUCCGUGUGGAAAGCGGAGCCUGGGUGGUCUACGAGCGCCCCAACUACAUGGGCUACCAAUAUGUGCUGACCCGCGGAGAGUACCCUGAAUACCAGCGCUGGAUGGGCCUCAGCGAUCGCUUAAGCUCCUGCAAGAUGGUCCACUUUGCCAGUGGGACCCAGUACAAAAUUCAGCUGUACGACAAGGACGACUUUGCAGGGCAGGCCUUUGAGUCAACAGAGGACUGCCCAUCGGUGCAGGAGCGCUUCCGUGUGCGUGAGGUCCACUCCUGCAAGGUCCUCGAAGGGGUCUGGGUCUUCUACGAACACCCAAACUUUCGUGGCCGCCAGUACCUGCUGGAGAAGGGCGAGUAUCGCAAGCCUGUAGACUGGGGUGCAAUUUGUCCUGCGGUCCAGUCCUUCCGUCGCCUCACUGAGUGAUCAGAAUCUUGGCAGUAAUUUGCCAGGUUCCCCAGCAACCCCCAUAAGUGCCUGGA